CUCCUCUCCAGUCAAAAAAUUGUGCCACAAGUGCUACUCCGCUGAGCACCUCGUCCGCGAUUGCCGCGACCCCGUGCGCUGCCGUGACUGCGGGCGUUCCGGGCACUUAAGCUCAACAUGCUCUCCGACGAGCUUCUCCGGUCUCUGUCCCGCUCCCGCUCGACCUCGCCGCCCAACUCCCCCAUGCCGCGUGCUCCUCCGCGUGAGCACUGGUUGGACCGCUACUACCGGGAGGUCGAGGCGGAGCGCACCAUCCCCUUCUCGGUGCGUCCUCCCACUCUGUUCCCGCGCGGGGCCCCGCCCUCGUGUGGCUCUUCCCCGUCCGCAAGCCCCCCGCCCCCGCCGGCUCCGGAGAUGGAGGCUCCGCCCACCCAGCUGCCGCCUCAGGGCGCCGCCGGGCUCCGCCGGCCGGAGUACGCUGAGGUCUUCAUGCCUAUGGUGGUCGACAUGGCGCACUCCCGCCGCUUUUCCUGCACCCUCGUCGACCCGGCUUCCUCCAGUCCGGGCGACCUCCUCCGUCGGGCCCUGGAGCAGCGCGCCGGCAACCCCUCCGUCGGUCUUGCUGCCUCCCACUAUGGCGCCAUGAUGAUCGUCUUCUCCUCUGAGAGCGCUUGGGAGCAGGCCAUGCAGCACUUCCCCAUGUCGUUCGCCGGACAUGUCAUCACCCUCGAGCGCCUGGAGAACGGGGAAAACCGCUUCGGGUGGGAAUACACCUGCUUCGCCCAGCUCUCGGCCACCGGCUCCCCCCUCGAGCACUGGCACGAGGGUGGGAUCCGCAACGCCUUCCGCUCCAUCGGCAACGUCUGCUGCAUCGACCCUCUUUGCCUCAACGACCUCGAAUUCUCCGCCGUGCAUCUUGUCAUCCGCUUGGAGCACGAGGACGACGUCCCCCACGCUCUUCUCGUCCGCAACUUCGACGGUGACCUCUCCACAGAAGUGGGCAUCCGUCGCAUUCGCUUCUGGUCCGUCGAGGAGGAUGGCUCGUUCGUCUCCUCCUUCCACUUUGAGGGGGAUGCUGGCUCCCCUCCUCGCUCGCCGCGUGGACCUCACUCCACUGGCAUGGACGACAUCGACACGCUCAGUCUUCGCGGCUUCGACUCCCUCUCCAUCGAGCCACGCCCUGCUGCUCCUGCUCCAAUCGACGACUUCCCCGGUGCCCAGCAGAGCGCGGCCAUGGCCGCCUUUCGCCAGGGGCUUGGGCGCCACAUGGCUGGGCUGCUCUCUGAGCCCUUCCCUCCCAAGUGGUGCGCCAUCUUCCCUCCGGCAACCCCUUUGUUUCAAGACGAGGGCAGCGACUCCUCCAUCUCUGACCCCGCCUCUGCUGACGGCCACGCCCUGAUGCUUCCCUCCCCGGUGAUGCUGCCCUCCGAGCUGGCAAACGACGACCACGAGCACGCCGCCCUCAAGCGUCGUGGCCGGCGCAAGCGCGCGGUUGACACGGACCACACCGGUCGUCGUAGCUCCCGCCUCGCCCGAAAGGAGCCGUCCCUGUACGUCAAGAUGUUGGACCGGGCCAAGGCGGUCAAGGCGGCGCGCUUCGACUACUCCAAGGGCUCCCCCCCGCCUCCGCGCUGCUAUGCGGGCUGCCGGCAUUGGCGUCAACGAUGGCGUGCCCGACUCCCUCUCCCUUCGUCAGCUUCAGGCCCUGGGGGAGCCAUGUGGUGUUGACCUGGACGCGCUUGCCGCUUGCGCUCGCGCUGAGGAGGCGUUCGACGCUGCAUGAUCUCUUUCCUCUAUGUAGGGCCACGUUUCUCCAUGCUGCUGUCACUUCCAGCUCGGGCCUAUGCUUGCUUCCCCCCGACUCCUUCCCUCCCCUUUAUUAGAUCUUCAGGAUUGGUAUAGGUCUCCCGUCCAUGGGCCUUGCAUGGCUGCCGGAGACCCUUAUCUCUUUUUCCUUUAUCUUUUCCCCCCGUGGGAUGUGUAACGGACUUAGGCCCUCCUGUGUCUCUCAUCAAUCCUGUUGUUUUUUUACUUCUUGUUCUUUUGUUGGUGCUUUGCGGGUCCGUCAUGACGGCUCUUUUUUCUCUUUGUACGUGGAAUG